AUGCCCGUCCCCUACCCUUUCUACAUACUCGUGGUCUGCACGAUCGCGAUACUCAUCCUCUUCGUCCAGCAGCCCGAGCUCGCCACCCGCGCCGUCACCUCGGUGACAGCCUACUCGCCCCUCUCCUUCGUCUUCUUCGCCGCAAAGCCCACACAUGAGGUCUUUGCUCAGCCCACAGACCUCAGACGGCGGCGUGUGGCCAUCGUCGGCGCCGGAGCCUCCGGUAGUGCCGCGGCAUUCUUCCUGUCCCGCGCGGCGCGGGAGGCCGAAUCCCGCGCUGGGGCACCGCGGGGCUCACUCCUUGAUAUUGUCGUGUACGAGCGCGAGGACUACAUUGGCGGACGUGACACGGUCGUCUACCCUCACGGCGACACCAACUUGCGCCCCGUCGAGCUGGGCGCGAGUAUCUUCGUCGAGGCUAAUCGCAACCUCGUCAAGGCUGCCAAACUCUUCGGCCUGGAUGUCGUCGACCCGGAGUUCGGGGACACGGGCGUGGCGGUAUGGGACGGCACGCAGUUCCUGUUCACGACGUCGACUGAGAAGGGCCGCUGGUCGGGGUGGUGGGACACGCUGGCCGCGCUGCGCCGGUACGGUGCGCUCUCGCCGAUGCGGCAGCGCGCAGCGGUCGGUGCGCUCCUCAAAAAGUUUGCGCGGCUGUACGACCCCGCAUGGCUUGCCAACCGUGGGAGUGUCGAUAGUGUCGACGAGUUCGCUGCGAGUGCGGAUCUGGGCCAGGCCCUCACGACGCGGACCGGGGAGGACUGGGCACACAAUGUAGUCAAGGCUCGCGCCCGCUGGGUUGACGAAAUCAUGGAGGCCAGCACCCGCGUCAACUAUUGCGCCGAUCUGAACGAGAUCCACGCCCUGGGAGCUGCGGUAUCGCUUGCUGCCGGCAGCGCAUAUGCCAUCGCCGGCGGCAACUACCGCCUCUUUGAGGCGAUGCUCAAGAACAGUGGAGCCGACAUCCGUCUCGAGACCACCGUGGACGCAAUUGAGUCUCGUGACCGCGGCUUCCGCGUUACCUCAAACCACUCGUUCACUACCGACGACUACGAUGAGGUCUUCUUCGCGGCGCCGUGGCACAGCUCGCCCGUCGCGAAGAAUCUGUCAACGCACUUCACUCAGCCUAUCCCUAAACAGGAUUAUGUGCGCCUGCAUGUUACAAUGCUCGCCACGACCGCCCCGCACGUGGAUCCCCUGUACUUUUUCCGCGGUCCAGACGAGGCCAUCCCAGGUACGAUUCUGACAACGGGCGCGACGGCGCGUGCGAACCCCGGCGCUGCCCGUCCCGAGUUCCAGAGUAUUUCGUACCAUGGGGAAACGUAUCAGGGCUCAGGCGAGUGGGUUGUUAAGAUCUUCUCCAAAACGCGCCUCAACAACGAGCUCCUCGCCGACAUUUUCGGGACAGAUCCCACCUGGGUCCAUCGCAAGGUGUGGGACAGCUAUCCCGUCCUACACCCCACGGCAAGCUUCCCGCCCAUGCAGCCGAUGCAGGGAUUCCACUAUCUCGCCUCGCUCGAGCCAUGGGUCUCGACCAUGGAAACGCAGACAGUUUCGGCGCGCGAGGCUGUGGCCCGCACCGUUCAGCGUUGGUGGAACAUCGGUCUGGGCGAGUGCCGCGCAGCUGCUGAUUCGUGGGAUAUGACCUGUGGCAAGUGA